AUGGACACACCAAACACCCCACAUAAAGUCAGUUUGUGUUCUAAAUGUCCGGGCAACGCUGAGUACUAUUGUAAGUUGUGCCCAUGUGAACUGUGUCUCCAGUGCAAAGAUAACCAUGUGAAAGAUCUUGAAACAACAGACCAUGAUGUUGUGUCAUACAGUGAAAAAAUCAACUACAUCCCAACACUGGAGAUCUGUGUGAGACAUCCUAACCAUGUUUAUAAGCGGUACUGUGAAGAUUGUCAAGUUCCUGUGUGUGAUUCCUCUUCUGAGAACAAAUUACACACAUUCAGAAGUUUUCUCUUUGGUCAAAUUCAGCACACAAUUAUUGAUAUAAAAAAAGCUUAUAAAACAAAGCAACAAAAACACAAAAGACCCAUUCAUACCAUCAGAAGUGAUGCUCUCUUUUACAGACAUUUUAUGCUGACAGGGAUGAAAGCUGAUUUGAAAAAGUGUCAUUCAGAGUUAUCCGUCUACCACUCAAGUAUAUUAACAAAGGCCGAAAAACUUAAGAAUCUUAUUGACUAUGUGGUAUAUGAUCUAUUGAAUCGUGUGUCUUGUGACUUCAAUUUCAAACACAGAUGUUUACAAAAAAAGAUAGAAAUGAGCAGAUAUAUUGCCAGCCUACAAAGAUAUGCAUACAUCUAUGAACAGUCAUCAAUCAGACCCCUACAAUUCCUCUCAUCAGCAAAGACAACCUGCCUCCCCCAGAUAAAUGUUACACUCCACACAAGCCGGCUCUCAAUUACUAAGACACUCAAAAAGGAUGAUGUAAUGGCGCCACUGAGUGCAAUGCAAAUCACAAAGAGAAAAACCCGAAGCGUAGGAAACGAGUGUCUACUGAAACUGAUGUCUGGUCCCAAGUUUCAUCAAUCUUUCAGACUUGAAGGUGUCCAUGAUUGUCGUCACAUUUCUUGUGUGACAUCAGACCUGGUGUGGGUCAGUGACUGGAGAAACAAUCUCAUCUUGACAAACACAACAGGUGUCACUCUAUAUCAGGUGGAGGAUCUAUGUAGUUUUUUAUUUGGAUUACACACAGUGAACAAUGAAGGUGAACUGAUAUAUAUAAACAAUAAAAAUAACAUUAGCAAACUGUCAAAUGAUAUGGAAACAAUCGCUACAUUUAUUGAAAAGGCAGACUCCUCAUGGAAACCACGGUGUGUGUACUGGUCCCUGGCCAAUAGGGAUUUACUGGUCGGAAUGUAUCAAGAAAAUCCAAGGACAGGCAAUGUAACCCGGUACAGCAGGGAUGGAAUGCAGACUCAAACCAUACAGCACGACGACACAGGAAAUGAACUGUACAAAGAUCCCGAAUAUAUAACGGAGAACAACAACGGGGAUGUCGUAGUGUCCGACUUCUGUGCCGUAGUGGUGACGGAGCGUGGAGGAAGACAUCGUUUCUCUUAUACAGGACAUCCAUCAGGUUCAGGAGUUCAGCCACGUGGAAUUUGUACUGACGCUCUGUCACACAUCCUGAUGUGUGAUAAUACGACUCGCACAGUACAGAUUAUAGAUAAAGAGGGUGACUUCAUUUCACUUCUGAUGAUUAGACCAAAUGGGAUAUUAAGUCCACACUGCCUAGGUUAUGAUGUCAAUAGGCACCGUCUCUGGAUUGCAUCAUACUACAAAAACAGACUGUGUGUCUACAGGUACAUCAGCAGACACAGUGUUCUGACAGAUCUGGGUCAGACCACUGCUGAUGUAAUGGGUUCGCUAAAUGAAAUCCAAACAGAAACAGAUAAACCAGAUCAAGCAAAUCAGUUCCUGCUAAAACUGAUGUUUUCACCCAAGUUACUUCACUCAAUCACAGUGACAGGCGUUUAUUGCUGUAAUCACAUUUCUUGUGUGACGUCGGAUCUGAUAUGGGUCAGCGAUGACACAAACAAUCUCAUCUUGACAGACAAAACAGGUGUCACUCUACAUCGUGUAAAUGAUGUAUGUAGUGGUUUAGCAUUACACACUGUGAACAAUAAGGGUGAAUUGAUUUAUAUAAACCGAAAUCAUGACAUCAUCACACUGUCAACGGAUAUGCAAACAGCCACCAUAUUUAUAGAGAUAGCAGAUUCUUCAUUACUACCACUUUGUGUGUAUUGGUCCCCAAUAACUUGCAAUCUAUUGGUCACAAUGUAUUACUAUGGAACAAGCAUAGGCAAGGUAUCCCGAUACAACCAGAGCGGACAGCUGAUUCAAACCAUACAGCACGACAACAAAGGAUUGGAACUGUAUGAUACACCUUACAACAUAACAGAAAACAGAAAUGGGGACGUCGUAGUGUCUGACAAAGGUGCUGUAGUAGUGACAGAGUUUGGAGGAAGAUACCGUUUCUCCUACACAGGACAUCCAUCAGGAUCAACACUAUUUCCACUUGGAAUUUGCACAGACUCGCUGUCACACAUCUUGCUGUGUGAUCAUACAACCCAAACAGUUCAAAUAUUAGAUAAGGACGGUAAGUUCCUGUCGCAUCUACUGAUAGAAUCACAAGAUAUAAAUUUACCACUAAGCCUGAGUUAUGAUGUCAACACUCAAAGUCUCUGGGUCGGAUCAAGAACCGAGUCCGAAAACAAGGUGUGUGUCUACAGUUAUAUAAACAGACAUGAUUUUCUGACAGGGCUCGGGGAAAAAAGACUGGUUCUAGCAAAGAACAAGGAUGCUGAAAAUCUUAGAGAUGCAUUGUUGGAGCAUUACCCAAAACUAAAGGAUGCUGGGGGAUAUGAGUUGAUGCGUUCAUCAUCAAGAACUCUAUUGGAAACGAUUCCUAUUCCAAGUUAUGGGUAUACGACUCACUAUUUGUCCGAUGAGAGUGGACUUGGCUCCGCAAUAUGCUACAUAAGACCAUUGCAAGGACAACUGUCCGUGGAUGUAGAAGACAGAAGUGAGGUACCUUAA